AUGCAAUAUCACCCUUACACCACCAAACUACUUGAACAGUUAAACACACAUUUUCAAUCGUCCAAUAUAACAUUUAACAUUACGACACAAGGCGUCAAUGGAGAAAGAACGCGUUCAAUGCUGAAAAGAUUACAUGAAACUUUUAAGACGACAACAACAAAAUAUGAUUGCCUCAUUGUAUUAGGCGGACUAAAUGAUUUGCAAAGUCUAUCGACAAAAGAAAUAGCGAGCAAUAUUUGUGAAAUGGCCCAUAUUGGCCGACAACACGUUCGAGAAUGUUGUAUCGUUAUAUCAGUGCCUAAUUGUUAUCCGGAUUUAUCAUAUGCAAAGUAUCGCGACUCGAAAUGUGACGUUAAUCGUCGAUUAAAAGAAUAUGUUGAAAAAAUCAAAGAUGAAUCAGUGCCUCGCGUCUAUUUCCUCGAUUUAAAUGAAAACAAUUUGAACAUAGACUCGAUGGAUGAAGACGAGAAAACGUUAAUCUAUGACGACUCUAUUCAUUAUACACCCGAAGGUUACAGUCGAUUAGGAACGGCUGUGUUCAAUGUAAUCAAAUCACAUUUGUCAAAAGGAUAA